AUGCUUGUUCUUGUAGCCGGUGCAACUGGCAACCUUGGCCAGAAGCUCAUCGACAGCCUUUAUUCACGUGGCCAUCAACUGGAGUGCUUUGUCCAAAGCGAACCCUAUUAUGACGUCCCUGCCAUCGAGAGUGCUUGCAAAGUUGUUGAUGCUGUCAUCUGUGCCUAUACGGGCAUGCCUGAAUCGUCACUCGACGGCCAGCUUCUCUUGUUCCGUGCUGUCGAGCGAGAAGGGAUAAAGAAGUAUGUCGCCGCUUCGUGGAACUUUGACUGGAAGAAUAUGAAUCUCGGGGUGCAUGAGAGGAGGCAUUGGUCGGUAUCCUCUGGCUUCGAUACUCUGGAAGACAUCGCCAAGACAUAUGGGCAAGUAAGAAACUGCCAUGUCGAUAUCCGCAAGAGGGGUGGUGGAGAGGAGCUGGAUAACGAUAAGCUCUAUGUCAAGACGACUAGUCUGGAGGAAUUUCUGCGCCAGUAUCCACAGCUCUGA